AUGUCUGGAGGGGAGCAUAAUAACAUGGGCUUGUGGACAAUUUGGAAAGAGGAGGCAGGAGCAGCUGGUCCCAGCUGGUUCUGUACUAAUCAUUUGCAAGCACAGAGGCGCAAGUGGCUGGUUUUGCUGUAUUUACUGAAGGGAAAUGCGAGGUCGUGUAGCGAGAAGAUUAGAAGGGCCAAAGCUCAACUAGAACUUGAUUUGGCCACUACAGUUAAAGAUAACAAAAAAAGUUUCUAUAAAUACAUUGGCAGCAAAAGGAGGGUCAAGGAGAGACUCCAUCAUUUGACGAAUGAGGAGGGUAGUGUAGUGACAGGGAAUGAGGAAAAGGCAGAAGUGCUCAAUGCCUUCUUUGCCUCAGUCUUCAAUAUCAAGACCAGUUCUUCUCAGGAUACCCAACCCCCAGAGCUGGAAGUUAAGGAUGGGGAGCUGAGUGAAGCCCCCAUAAUCCAGGAGGAGACAGUUAGUGAUUUGCUAUGUCAAUUAGACACUCAAAAGUCUAUGGAACCCAGUGGGAUCCACCCCAGAGUAAUGAGGGAACUGGCAAAAGAACUUGCCAAACCACUCUCAAUCAUCUAUCAGCAGUCCUGGUUAACUGGAGAAGUUUCAGCAGACUGGAGCUUGACAAAUGUAGCGCCCAUCUACAAGAAGGGUCAGAAGGACGAUCCAGGGAACUACGGCUUGUUAGCUGUUGGCCUGACCUUGGUGCUGGGCAGGGUUCUGGAACAGAUCAUCCUGAGUGCCAUUAGGUGGCACAUUCAGGAAAAUCAGGGGAUCAGGACCAGCCAACAGGGAUUUAUGAAAGGAAGGUCCUGCUUGACCAGUCUGGUUUCCUUUUAUGACAAGGUGAGUCUUGUUUCCUUUUAUGACAAGGUGACCGGCUUGUUAGAUGAGGGAAAGGCUAUGGAUGUUGUCUACCUAGACUUUAGUAAGGCCUUUGACACAGCCUCCGACAGCAUCCUCCUAAAUAAAUCUACUGCUUGCAGCUUAGAUAUGUGGACUCCUCAAUGGGUGAAAAACUGGCUGGCUGUCCAGGCCCAGAGAGUUGUGGUCAAUGGAGCUAAAUUCAGUUGGCAGCUUGUCACGAGCGAUGUUCCCCAGGGCUCAGUUUUGGGACUGGUGCUAUUUAACAUCUUUAUAGGUGAUCUGGAUGAGGGGAUUGGGGGCCCGCUUAGUAAAUUUGCAGAUGACACCAAGUUGAGUGGAAGUGUGGAUCUGCUGGAGGAUACCCUCAGUUUUUUCAAGCAGCAGCAGCAUUGGAGGGAGAGAUGGGAACAAAAUCAUAUGGCUGUCAGAAAGGUUUCUCGGCGCUCUGUCAGCAAGGAGCGAUGGGUGGAGACGCUUGUGGUUGCAGACAGUAAGAUGGUUGAAUAUCAUGGAAGUGACCAUGUGGAAUCAUAUAUCCUCACUAUAAUGAAUAUGAGGAAUCAGUUAAUCUCAUACCUCCUGGCUCUGGCACAGGUCACAGGGCUGUUCCACGAUCCAAGCAUUGGCAAUGCAAUUCACAUUGUGCUGGUCCGGCUCAUCCUCUUUGAGGAGGAGGAGCAAGGCUUGAAGAUAGUUCACCAUGCUGAUAAGACACUAGCCAGCUUCUGCAAAUGGCAGAAGAGUGUCAAUCCCAAGAGUGACGUCAACCCUACACACCACGAUGUGGCUGUCCUUCUGACUAGAAAGGACAUUUGUGCUGGCAUGAAUCGUCCAUGUGAAACCUUAGGUUUGUCUCAUCUGUCAGGCAUGUGUCAACCUCACAGAAGCUGUAACAUCAAUGAAGAUUCUGGCCUUCCGUUGGCUUUCACUAUUGCUCAUGAACUUGGACACAGUUUUGGUAUCCAGCAUGAUGGAAAAGAGAAUGACUGUGAGCCUGUUGGAAAGCGCCCAUAUAUUAUGUCCCGACAGUUGCAGUAUGAUCCUACUCCACUCACCUGGUCGCAGUGCAGCAAGGAAUACAUCACACGUUUCCUAGACCGCGGGUGGGGAUUCUGUCUGGAUGAUAUCCCCCAAAAAGAAGUUUUGAAGUCCCCAGUCAUUGCUCCUGGGGUGAUUUAUGAUGUGCAUCACCAGUGCCAGCUCCAGUAUGGUUCUAAUGCUACUUUCUGUGAAGAUGUGGACAUAAGUGCUAACCUUUGCCAAACACUCUGGUGCUCAGUGAAAGGCUCCUGUCGCUCCAAACUGGAUGCACCUGCGGAUGGAACUCGACCACAAUUUGGAGGAGACUACUGCACUGGAGAAAGGAAACGCUAUCGCAUGUGUAACAUUAGCCCCUGUCGCAAAGACUUACCAACCUUUCGUCAGAUGCAGUGCAGUGAAUUUGAUACAGUUCCCUACCAGAAUGAAUUCUACCACUGGAUUCCUGUUUAUAACACAG